AUGCCGAGUGAAAUAAUUGCCAUACAAUUCGGUCAAUGUGGAAAUCAAAUAGGUGAUGCAUUUUGGCGUGCGCUAUGUGCCGAACACGGUAUUGCAUCAAACGGUGUGCCUAUACAGAAUGACGUUGGUGCGAAGGAUUUGAAGCGCGUUUUUUUUUACCAGGCGGAUGAUGAGCGUUAUGUUCCACGUGCUGUUUUGGUGGACUUGGAACCGCGUGUUAUCAAUGGUAUUAUCACUUCUGAUUAUCGUACAUUGUACAACAUGGAGAACAUCUUCAUGUCUAAAAGUGGCGGUGGUGCAGGAAAUAAUUUCGCUAGUGGAUACAAGCAGGGAAGGGAAGCACAAGAAGCGUUGUUUGAUAUUCUUGAACGGGAAGCUGAAAACAGCGAUUAUCUGGAAGGAUUCAUGUUAUGUCAUGCCAUAGCUGGCGGUACUGGUUCAGGAAUGGGGUCUCAUGCGUUGGAAAAAAUAAGCGACAGAUUUCCAAAGAAAUUAGUUCAGACCUACUCGGUUUUCCCGGUUAUGAGGAAGGGCGAAGCGAGUGAUGUGGUGGUACAACCAUAUAAUUCUAUUUUGACAUUGGCUCGAUUAAUUGAACAUCCAAAUUGUGUAGUUGUUCUGGAUAAUACAGCUCUUCAUCGGAUUGCAAGUGAAAAUACGCCGGAUAGUAAUUCAUCAUUUUCUCAUAUAAAUUCCAUGGUUUCGCGAAUUAUGUGUGCAUCAACAGCAACAUUGCGGUUUCCUGGUGCCAUGAACACUCGACUGAUCAAUCUGAUUGCUCCAUUAGCAGCAUAUCCACCAAUGCGUUUUAUCCAGACAGGUUUCACACCACUUCGUGAAGGUGAUACUACGGUGAUGAAAACUUCAGUUGGUGAUGUACUUCGACGUUUGCUGCAACCAAAAAGUAUGAUGAGCAGCGCUGUAAUGGAAAAAGGAAUUGAUCAUUGUAUGUUAUCCGCCUUGGCCAUUCUACAAGGUAGAAUUGAUCCAACUGAAAUUUAUUCAUCACUGGCAAAGAUUAAAGAAAGACGUGAUAUAAAAUUUGCACCGUGGGGUUCAGGUUCAUUAAAUAUAACUCAGUGCCGUCGUUCACCGUAUUUGCCAAUGACAAAUAGAGUUUCCGGAUUGAUGCUUUGUAAUCAUACGAAUGCAGCAAGUCUUUUUCAAGAAAGUUUGAAUCAGUGCGAAACGCUUCUCAAGAAGAAGGCAUAUUUGGAUCAGUUCUUAAAAGAAGAUCCGGAUAUUAUAACCAUGUUAAGUGAUGCGGUUGAACGUGUCAAGGAAACCGUCCAAACUUAUAGAAAUGCGACAAAGCCCGACUUCAUAGAUGUAAACUAA